CCCUCAUCCCCCCCCCCCAAACCAAAAUUUACAUUUUUGUUUUCGAGCUGUGGGUAAGCUAUCCCCGCUCUCCAAUUAUCAAAGGUAGUGAGGUGAGAUUGUGCACGAAGAUGGAGGAAAGUAGCACUAGUGCUAUUCCAAAGGUGGAGGUGAAGGCGAUGGAGAUGCAUAGGUCGUCGUCGCGGCCUCAGCUGGAUGUGAGCGGCGCGGCCAUUCAGGGCAACUUUGAAGACCGCAAUCCCACCAUUCUUCUCCCCAAUCAGUCUGAUGACAUUUCUCAUUUUGCAAUCGACCUUGGAGGAUCCUUAAUAAAGAUAGUAUACUUCUCGAGGCAUGCGGAGGUGGAGUCGGAAUUGGAGGAUCAUAAUAAAAGAUCGCCCAGAACAAUAACAAGACGUCGCUCUCCCAUUCUGGGCGGCCGUCUUCAUUUUGUUAGAUUCGAGACCAGCAAAUUAGAUGAUUGCCUCAACUUUAUUCAAUCCAAGAACCUUCACCGCGGGCAAAGUUUUCAUGAGCGGGGCAUAAGUGGUUUUACAGAUGGAGAGCCAAUAAUUAAGGCUACAGGGGGUGGAGCAUAUAAAUUUGCAGAUAUCUUCAAAGACAGGCUUGGUGUAACUCUAAGCAAGGAAGAUGAGAUGGACUGUCUUGUAGCUGGAGCAAAUUUUUUGUUGAAGGCAAUUCGUCAUGAAGCAUUUACCCACAUGGAAGGCCACAAAGAAUUUGUCCAGAUAGACCAGAAUGAUUUGUUUCCAUAUCUUCUUUGCAAUAUUGGUUCUGGUGUUAGUAUGAUUAAGGUGGAUGGAGAUGGAAAAUUCCAGCGGGUAAGUGGAACAAAUGUUGGAGGAGGUACAUUUUGGGGGUUAGGACGACUUCUGACAAAAUGUACGAGUUUUGAUGAGAUACUUGAAAUUAGCCAAGGAGGGGACAACCGGUCAGUGGAUAUGCUUGUUGGAGACAUUUAUGGUGGUCUGGAUUAUUCAAAGAUUGGUCUUUCAGCAUCCACUAUAGCUUCAAGCUUUGGUAAAGUUGUAUCUGAAAAUAAAGAUCUUGCAGAUUACAGGCGAGAGGACAUUGCUCUUUCUCUACUUCGAAUGAUUUCCUACAACAUCGGACAAAUUGCGUAUUUGAAUGCACUACGCUAUGGACUUAAGAGAAUAUUUUUUGGAGGUUUUUUCAUACGUGGUCAUGCAUACACCAUGGACACCAUCUCAUUUGCAGUACAAUUCUGGUCAAAGGGUGCAGCACAGGCUAUGUUUUUGCGGCAUGAAGGGUAUAUGGGUGCCUUGGGAGCAUUUAUGAGCUAUGAUAAACACGGUCUUUCAGAUUGGACCGCAAAUCAGUUUGUUGAGCGCUUUCCUAUGGGAGCACCAUAUUCAGGGGGGAAAAUCCAUGGUCCACCUAUUAAUGAUUUAAAUGAAAAGAUUUCAUGGAUGGAAAAAUUUCUGCAGAAGGGCACAGAAAUUACUGCACCUGUCCCAAUAACUUCUCCAGGUACAACAGGUCUAGGGGGCUUUGAUCGACCAUCUUCUCGGGAAGGAUUGUUGCGGUCUGAUGCUAGUGCUAAUCUGAAUGUGGGUGUGCUUCAUCUGGUUCCAUCACUAGAACCAUUUCCAUUAUUAGCAGACCCAAAACGAUAUGAGCCAAAUACAGUUGAUCUAGGGGAUCCCAGUGAACUUCAGUACUGGUUGACCAUAUUAUCUGAGCAUUUGCCUGAUUUGGUCGAUAAGUUGUCUCUUCUCAAGUUGGUCUAUGGUUGCUGCUUGCCAAACAAAUGGCUUGAGGGAAAUCGUUCAUUGGACUCUUUAAAUACUGCUGUUGCAAGUGAAGGUGGCACAGAUAAUUCUAAACGAAGGGGGGAUGCUUUUGCUCGUGCAUUUCGUGCUCACUUAGCGAGGUUAAUGGAAGAACCUGCAGCAUAUGGCAAGUUGGGCCUUGCCAAUCUCUUGGAGCUAAGGGAGGAAUGUUUGAGAGAAUUUCACUUCUCAGAUGCAUACAGAGCAAUUAAACAAAGGGAAAAUGAGGCAUCACUAGCUGUUUUACAAGAUCUUUUGAUGGAACUUGAUAGUAUGGAUGAGGAGAAGAGAUUGCUGGCUCUUAUUGAGGGUGUUCUUGCUGCGAAUAUCUUUGAUUGGGGAUCACGGGCUUGUGUUGAGCUUUAUCAUAAAGGCACAAUUAUUGAGAUUUACCGCAUGAGUCGCAAAAAAAUGCAACGUCCCUGGGGUGUGGAUGAUUUUGAUAAAUUUAAAGAAAGAAUGCUAGGAUCUGGGAAAGACAAGCCCAAGCCACAUAAACGGGCACUUCUAUUUGUUGACAACUCAGGUGCCGACAUUGUGCUUGGAAUGCUACCUCUAACACGCGAACUUCUACGCCGUGGGACAGAAGUUGUUCUAGUUGCUAAUUCACUUCCAGCACUGAAUGAUGUGACUGCUAGUGAGCUACCAGAUAUUGUGGCAGAAGCUGCAAAGCAUUGUCACAUUUUGCGCAAAGCUGCUGAAGCAGGAGGGCUGCUAGUGGAUGCUAUGGUGGAUAACCAAGAAGAAGAUCCUCAAAAUGUUUCUGUUGUGCCCCCAUUGAUGGUUGUUGAGAAUGGCUGUGGAGGCCCAUGCAUAGACUUCCGACAAGUUAGCACAGAACUAGCUGCUAUUGCAAAAGAUGCUGAUCUGAUCAUUUUGGAAGGAAUGGGUCGUUCGUUGCACACAAACUACGAUGCUAGAUUUAACUGUGAAGCUUUGAAGCUUGCAAUGGUGAAGAACCAAAGACUAGCUGAAAAAAUUCUAAAUGGAAACAUAUAUGAUUGCAUUUGUCGCUAUGAACCAGCAGUAUGAUCAUGUUGUGGUUUGUUCUCAUAACUUACUGCAACUCUUUUCUUCGACAAUGAAACAUGUAGUACAGUUAAAAAACAUUUUAACCAAUCCAACUCAGUAUCCCUCCUUGAUCUUAGAAUCAUAAACAAGCUAACCUUUUGGGUUCAUAUCUGUUUAUUUUGUUUUAAGAUUUUAUUCAUUUUUCCAAUAGCAUCUUCUAAAAUUCAGGUAUUGGAAAAUUCUUAGUUGGAUGGAAAUGUAUCCUUGCAAGGAGAAAAUUGCAUAAAUAAGGAAGCGAGUUCGUUUCAAAACAAGAGGGUGUGAAAGGAACGAUUUAAUCAUGAUGUCACUAUCUUAAUGUAUAUUAGAGAAGGUACCAUCAUGCUUUCCAUGCAUGCCUUAUUUAGUGGCAUUAUUAUCCUCACUACAUUGUAAUUCCUUUACAUUGUUAUUUCAUAAUGUAAUUUUAGCUGGAUGAUUGCCUUC